AUGACAAUGGAGGAGAUGAAGAAUGAAGCGGAGACAAACUCCAUGGUAUCCAUGACGCUGUACGCUGUGAUGUAUCCAGUUUUCAAUGAGCUGGAGAGGAUCAACCUAUCAGCAGCUCAGACGCUCAGAGCAGCCUUCAUAAAGGCUGAGAGAGAGAACCCUGGUCUGACUCAGGACAUUAUCAUGAAGAUCUUGGAGAAAAAGAACGUCCAAAUCAACUUCACCGAAUCCCUACUGCGCAUGGCAGCCGAUGACGUGGAAGAGUUCAUGAUUGACCGGCCUGAGCAGGAAUUCCAGGACCUAAAUGAGAAGGCCAGAGCUCUGAAACACAUCCUCAGCAAAAUCCCAGAUGAGAUCAAUGACAGAGUACGCUUCCUACAGACUAUCAAAGACAUAGCCAGUGCCAUAAAAGAGCUACUGGACACAGUCAACAACGUCAUUAAAAAAUAUCAGUACCAGAAUCGCAGAGCUCUGGAGCACCAGAAAAAGGAGUUCGUGAAAUACUCCAAAAGUUUCAGCGACACCCUCAAAACAUACUUCAAAGAUGGAAAGGCGAUAAAUGUGUUCAUCAGCGCAAACCGACUCAUCCACCAAACCAACCUCAUACUGCAGACCUUCAAAACUGUUGCCUAGCCCUCAGAGACCACCAACGUGUCCACAGUCCUCGAAACGGUGGAAGCUUGAAGAGACGCCUGACCCAUAUAUGUAAAUUAGAAAGAGUUGAUUUUUAGGGUUGGGAUCGAUUCCAUUGGAGUCGAGAUUCUAGAUUCCAGUUCAAGAGACUGAAAAGUGCCAUUUGUUAUUUCAAUGAGGAUUUUCCAGUCUUGAAAUGGAACUGAACGGGCUCAAAGGUUGAUUUUAUUUGGACAGUUUUAAUUUAUAAUCCUGGUCUUGUUGGGAGUAGGUGAGGCGAGGUGUUUAUUAACGACAAAUUGCCAUUUUUCUAAUAUAUUCAUGUUUAUCAUUUUACUUUUAGCUUUUGAAUCAUGGUUUUACACCUGAUGUUGCGUUCAUUAGAGGUGUGUUUCAGUCGUCUACAGGUUUUCUCUUCUCGCCUCUUAUUUGUGUUAUUUUGCCAUGGUCUGUACAGGAAAACAUGGGGGGGGGGGUUGAACACUUGACCGCAGGUGAAAUAGCUGCGAGGGGAGGAGAGGAAGCAGAGUUGGACUUUUGACAAAGAUUGCAUUUCUCUUUAUUAUCAGAAGACAGAAAGCCAAAUGACUUCCAGCACAGUGUGCGCCUUACCAAGUCCUGUAACAUUCCCUCCUUUCAGAGUGUAAUGAAGUGAAGCCAGUCCCCGCUGCCGGGGAAUGUAGAGAGACUCAUGAAAGUUCUGUAUUUAACUGAUAUCUGGUUGCAAAUGUUCAAUAAAUAGUUUCCAAAUGAU